CAGCCUGGUGGUGCGUGCACAGAGGAGAAGGAGAGGAACCUCUCUUCUAAAUUUAACUCAAAGCACAGUCGACCACUCGCUCUUUUUUUUCUCGUUUGUGUGUUUGCUUCUUUUGCCCACCGUGGGAGCUCCAAACAGCAGACCCCGCCUCAGAGCAGAAACAGAGGAGCUAUGGAGGGUCUCUGUUUUGAAGUGAAACCCGGGACUACAAUUACAUGUGGGGAUGCUAUGGAGGAGUCACUGGAGGUGGAGGAGGUCCAAUACAAGCUGAUGUUAAUCGGUUCUCUCCCGGUCCACCGUAUGACCACUAUGCCUAUGCUGCCCUGGGUGGUGGCCCAGAUUAGCCGGUCUCAGCCUCUGCCGGGUCAGGCCGUGUCGCUAUCCGUGUCGCCAUCAUGGAUGCGGUGUGUUUUGCAGCAUGCUGAGGGGGCUGUCUGGGACCCCCUGACGCACUCUGUGCUGUUUGAGUGCCAACCUCAUCAGGUCACCAAGCUCAUUCACAACAGUCAGGAUCCCAGCAGCUUUGGUUGCCUGCUCAGAGAUACUCCAUGCUGUGCCUGCUAUGUCUUCAGGUGUCAGGAUAGCACCAAGGUCCCUGAGAUCAUAAGUACACUCAGGCAGGCUGGUAAAAGCUCCGCUCGCAACGAUGACAUGCCCACCAUUCCCAACAAAACUUCAGCAGACCCCGGAGGCACCAAGCCGUCUGAAGCUUGCCUCAAUUUACCUUCCCUUCCCGCAGCAGGUUCUGUGGCGAACAACUCUGUCCUGUCCCCAACGACCUUUGCCAAAAAGUUUGAGGUGCUAUUUUGCGGCCGUGUGAGUGUCGCUCACAAGAAGGCCCCGCCUGCACUAAUUGACGAAUGCAUUGAAAAGUUUAGCCAGAUAGCUCAGGGCUCAGGGACCACUAAAAGAGGGAUUAACAGUAGUGGGGGGUUAGUUGGUGGGCUGAAGAGGGCAUUAGCCUUCCAGUCCAAUGGACUGGGUAGUGCCGCAGUAGGGAACGGUGCUGUCGGGAGCCCCACCAACGGGAAACGACCACUCCUGUUCAAACGAGAUCCCAGCUUCCCCUCUCUGCAGGCCUUGGACGAGAAUGGACUCUCACCAGAGAUCUCUCAUGCCAACACUACUGAUACCAGCGCUCGUUCGCCUGGGGUGCAACCCACCAGCCUGCAGGAGAACAGGACCAUGCUAUUUACGGUGGGGAGGUCACAGAUCUUUUUGGUUAGUCCGGACACUAAGAAGGUUGCAAUUGAGAAGAGUUUCCGUGAAAUCUCUUUCUGCUCACAAGGUAUUCGCCAUGUGGACCACUUUGGCUUCAUUUGCAGGGAGACAGUGGAAGGAGGAAGCUGCCACUUUGUUUGCUAUAUCUUUCAGUGUACGGAUGAAUCACUGGUGGACGAGAUCAUGCUGACCUUGAAGCAGGCGUUUUCCAUAGCAGCUGUGCAGCAGAAUGCAAAAACCCAGACCCAACAGUGUGACAGCUGCCCCAUGCUGCAGCUCCACAGGUUGUGUGAGAGAAUAGAAGGUUUAAAUGCAUCUAAAACCAAGCUGGAGCUUCAGAGACACCUGGCUACUCUGGACAACCAUGAUCAAGCUGCAGUCUUUGAAAACACAAUGAGGUCUCAUGCUAAGACCGAGCAGGAAGAAAAUGAGCUUAUUGUGUCAUCUUUGAGAAAUUUGUAUGAAGAGAGACAGAGGAUCCAUCAGCACACACUGCCUAUGGACACUAAACAGAAUGAGGAGGCACCUUCUGCUCCUGUUGAAGUGCAGCAACAAAGUAGCAGUCGCCAGCGUCUGGAACAGUUCAAGAGUAGAGCCAAGCGCUCUUUAACUGAGUCCUUAGAGGGCAUCUGGAAGGGAAGCACCAAGGCCAUCGCUCAGAGGGGCAACAGUGAAAGAAGCAAUAGUGUUUCCUCCAUCUCGUCUGUCAUUGGCCAGGACCAGUCCCGCUUAGAUGACCCCCUCCCUGCCCCUGCCCAGGUGCAACCCACCAGCCCACUAAGGUGCCACAACUCAACAGGAGAUUUGAAGCGCCUUGACCCCUCGCCCUCUCCGUCUCCGUCCCCUGCCUCCUCGUCACUGGGUGACGGUCAGUCGCAGAGCUUUCGCAAACGUGCCAGCACCUUCAGCCAUCCCUCUACUCCCACCUCAGCAGAUCAUUUACCAACGCGCACUUUAACCUACACGCCACAGCAGGACCCUGCCGCCGCUUCAAAGCCCAAGCUCUUACGACACUACUCUGUCAGCACUGACAGGCCACACCAGAGCAAACAUAUACCAUCCGACACUGCCCUUCCUCCUGCUCCUAACUGCUUCUCAUCUUCCUCUCCUCUGCUCCCUCCUUCCUCCCCUUCAACCGGAGCAAGGCUCAGUAAAAGACGUCCUCUGAGUGGACUUCGUGCUCGACUCCACUCCUCCUCCUCUGUUCCUAAUUUUUUGAAAUUUCAAUUCCUGGCCCCUGUCCAAGAAAACGACUGCCCAGAAACAAAGAUCAGUGAUGUAGCAGCCCUCUACAUAUCAAGUGCAGAAUGUGAAGUUGAGGAAAGCCCUCUGCGCCACCGCCAUUCCUGGAGACAGCAGAUAUUCCUGCGAGUCGCUACACCUCAGAAAAACCCAGAUAUUAACGAGCGUGGAGACUGUCUAGAUGGGGUUCGUGUGUGUGGGGGCCAAGCAAUUGGUGCAGGUAGCCUGGACUCGUCUAUGAGAGCGGUGCCCGAAGAGAGGACAAGAAGGACCAAAGAGGAGCUGAAGGAACUUUGGAGGAAAGCCAUCCUGCAGCAGAUUCUCCUGCAGAGGAUGGAGCGAGAGAAUCAGAAGCUACAGGCUUCAGAAAGUGACCUGCAAAACAAGCGGCUCAAGCUGGACUAUGAGGAAAUCACUCCGUGCCUGAAGGAGGUCACUCUGGUCUGGGAGAAGAUGCUGGGAACUCCCGGAAGGGCAAAGGUCAAAUUAGACACCGAAACCAUACAUGCGUCAGUUGCACAAGGUGUCCCGAGGCAGCAUCGAGGCGAGAUCUGGAAGUUCCUCUCUGAGCAGUACCUGCUCAAGCAGACCGUCCCCUCUCGGCCACCGACCAAUGACACACCGUACAAAGAGCUGCUCAAACAACUCACCUCGCAGCAGCACGCCAUCCUCAUUGAUCUCGGUCGCACUUUUCCCACUCAUCCCUAUUUCCAAGCCCAGCUUGGGGCCGGACAGCUGUCUCUGUAUAAUGUCCUGAAGGCCUACUCACUGCUGGACCCUGAGGUGGGGUACUGCCAGGGCUUGUCCUUCAUCGCGGGAGUGUUGCUAUUACACAUGGGGGAAGAAGAUGCCUUCAACAUGCUCAAAUUUCUCAUGUAUGACGUUGGCCUCCGCAGACAGUAUAGACCUGAUAUGAUUAUCCUGCAGAUUCAGAUGUACCAGCUGUCACGUCUGCUACAUGACUAUCACCGGGAUCUUUACAGCCACCUGGAGCAGCAUGAGAUUGGGCCUAGCCUGUACGCCACGCCAUGGUUCCUCACUGCUUUUGCAUCGCACUUCCCCCUUGGCUUUGUGGCCAGAGUCUUUGAUAUGUUGUUCCUGCAGGGGCCAGAGGUCAUCUUCAAGGUGGCCCUGAGUCUCCUGGGGAGCCACAAGCCUCUGAUCCUGCAGCAUGACAGCCUGGAGUCUAUUGUGGACUUCAUCAAGACCACACUCCCCAACCUGGGCUUGGUGCAGAUGGAAAAAACUAUCAUCCAGGUUUGUGCGAUCGAUGUGUCCAAGCAGCUCCAGGCCUACGAGGUUGAGUACCACGUCUUGCAGGAUGAGCUCUUGGACACGCCUCCGACCCUCAAUCAACACCAGCGAGCUGCACAGCUGGAGAGGACCAAUCAGAGCCUGCGACAGCAGAACCUCGAUUUACUGGAGGAGUUGCAGGUGUCGUACGCUCGAGUGUGCAGCCUAGAGAGUCGCGUGGCAGCGCUGGUGAAGUCAGACGACGAUCUGAGGCAGCAGGUUAGUGCGCUGGAGCAGGAGAAGCUGCAGCUGUUGAGCACGGCCACACGCCUCCAGGACCUGCUCUCCAGCCUCGGCAUACAAACCACUCCUGACGGCUUCUGUCUGCCUCCGCCUGCUGUGGAAGUACAUACCCCCCUAGUCACAGCGGGGGCCAAGGUGGGUAUACAGCCAGAACAGGACGACAGGACUUUGGAGAACCUGCGCCGCCCUGUGAUAUUAGUGGAGAGGAAGGUCAAUGGACAAGGAGAGACUUUGACAUGACUUUCUAGUCCUUUAUUUCAACUCAAAGCCCCUUUCAUUAAAAGAGGACCAGAGAGAACAACAUUGCAUGAAAAGAAAGUCAUGCCUCUUGUGUGAUAAGCUAGCAUGUGCUUUCACCAGCCUGUCCCAAAGAUGGCCCUGUUCCCUUGGGCCUCACAUUAUUAGCACUUGGACUUGAGUCUCUGUCACAAGAUUUAUUCCCAAAGAACAUCAAGUGAGAAUGUGGACCAGUGAAGAACUCCACGAGCAAAGUCAUGUAUGUAAACUAAAAAAGGUCCAGAAUGGCACAAGCUAAAUAUUGGAUCCUGCUGGGAGGAAAAUGAUCCAUUUGACGUUGACCUUAUCAAUUUUCAUGGCCCCAACCAAACUUUUUUUUUUGUUUGUUUAUUUUAAUGUGUACUUGUGCCUUCCUGUUUGUCAAAGUAGUCUUGUUUUUCCUUUCUUUUUACCUUAAAUUAUCUCUCGGUUAGGAGCCUUUACUGUAUUAGACACACUGUAUUCCUUCCACCAGGCCUAUAGCUUCAAGUGAUGUAUGCAAGAGUGGGUGGGUGGGUGCGUGCGUGCGUGUGUGUGCGUGUGUGCACUGGUUGCAACAAAUCUAUUCAAUUUACUCUGUAAGAUUUUAUCCUACGCACAUGUUUUUUGUUUUAUUUGAAAUGAGUAUUAUUGCAAUCUAUACUUUAAAAUAUAUAUUCUAUAUCCUUUCUGAAACCUGUA